AUGGCGUUAACUGGGACAUCGAGUUUAGCGGUAAUACCCUCCCGGAGCGAGUGGUUUAAUGUAGUAUGCGCACUUAUAAGCAAGUUUGGUGUGACCAGUGCCUGGAAUGUCAUGGCUAUUAUGGGACACGAGCUCUACCCUACUGUACUCAGGCAUAGGGGAAUGGGAGCCGCUUAUGUCGUCGGAAGGAUAGGCGCUAUUUGUGGACCAUUUAUGAAAAAUUUGACUACAGCCUAUGGCCUGGUUGUUGUACUUGUAAUGUAUGCCAGCUUAUCGUUUAUCGCAGCCAUACUGGCGUUAUUUAUGCCCGAAACCAAGGGUCAAGAAAUACCUGAUACUAUUGAGGAGGCUGAGCAUGUAAUCCUAGAAUUUAUAUUACUUUUUGAAAUCAACCGCAUGUAG